UCAGUCGCUCAGUGCGUUUCGGAACGUCAGCGUGGACGGUGGAUUGGAGGUCCUAUGCCAUAACCUCACCCAUGAUACGCUGAAACGGAGGCUCCCUGUUCCGAGGAGGCAGAGAGUUUCCCCGAUUCAAGAAUGAGUCGCGUGGAUUUGAAGGUCGUGUUACUCGGUAACGCGAUGGUGGGAAAAACGAGUCUUAUGGAACGAUAUGUGCACGACGCGUUUAACGGCGAAAGGCCCUAUCAGAAUUCCGCAACAUUGUGGAAAGAAAAUUUAUAAAAGUAACGUUGUUAAAGUUUGCACUGAGAAUCGUCUGAACGGAAGGGAGGGCGUCAUGUACCAAUUAAUGAAUGCAGUUGAAAUUAUGCCGCAGACAAUAGGCACUGUAUUUGCGGCGAAGCGAGUGCAAGUGAACGAUGUGACGCUUGUUUUGGGAAUAUGGGACACUGCGGGCAGUGAGAAGUAUGACGCAAUGACCAGGACGUAUUAUCGUGGCGCCAAAGCUGCCAUAGUGUGUUACGAUAUCACAAAGUCGAGUACAUUCCAGAGGGCGAAGCACUGGGUCAGAGAACUCAGGAGCAUCGAGGAGAAUUGUAAGGUGUACCUGUGCGCCACCAAGAAGGAUCUGUGCGACGAAGGUUUCGCGUCGGACGAUCCGGACAUGCAGAAUGUCGUGGAGAGGUACGCGAGCGGCACGCAGACGAAGCUUUUCGUAACGUCUAGUAAAACGGGAGAGAACAUAGUCGAGUUGUUCAACGAAAUCGUACAGGAUUUCGCGUCUAAUCCGGAAAAUUUGCAGAAGAUAGAAGAAGCGAUUGUUCUAAGCAAAAAACCUGGGGAAAGGUACUGUUGCGCGACCUAACUAAAUCAGUAUUGAUAUUGUAUUCUUUUACGGUUUUUUUUUUUUUAUACUAGCUAAUUUGAUAUUAAGAGAUAGAUAUAAAUGUAAUAAAAAUAGAUUCCAAUGUAUUGUUAAUGAUCGAUAUGAUAUUGUUUUGCUCGGUGAUUAGCAAGAGUUUAGAAUUUUAUACGCGUAAUGUUGCCAGCGUAGCACAAUGCAAUCGCUUCGCAAACUUGAUUCUGAUUUUUCAGCAAAUGGUGAAUUUGUAAAAAAAAAAAAGAAGUGUAUAAAACGUGCACAUAUUUUGUAUAAUUGAAAAUACGAUGCGCAAUAUACAAUUGAGAAAUGUUUCUGAACACGUGGUUCCUGAUCAUUUAGCUUUUAGCUGAUUCUUCGCAUUGUGAAUGAUUGUUCACAAUCACAUAUGAAUGCGAUUAUGAAAUUGCUAAUUAUGAAUUCAUCCAUAUGUGAUUAUUAAUCGCGAAUUGUGAUAAGAUUCUCAGUGAUAGAAUCAUGUUCUUGAAUGUACAUGGAAUGUAUAGUUUUUUCACAUUUUUCCAAAUCAAAUUUCGAAGACUUUGUACUCAUUACUAUUACUGUAUGUACACAACGAUGCCUGAUAACGCCGGCUUAUUAUUGCGAUCAUUCGCGCGCGUCGCGCUAAAACGCGAUCAUUCGUCAUCAGCGAUUCCCAGCGUGGGAAAUAGCUCUCUUCUUCCGCAACGGCAAGAAGGAAAGAAGAAGGAAAAAAUAGAGAAGAAGGCGAGCCCACCACGACGCGUUGCAUUCAUUUUGGACGAAUGCUCCGCUUCGCAAAUUUUUGUCCAUUUUAACCAGCAAAUGUUAAAUAAUAUUAUAAAUACGAUGUGAUAUAUUGUCAUUGUAGAUGAUAAAUAAAUAUACAUAUAUAUCA